UUUGUUUUAUUUUCACUUUCAAACAAUAUAAUAACAGUGAAAGUAUAAAAGAUUUGUAGACGUAUUUUCUCUUUUAGUUAAACGUCUGUCGCUUCUAAGACCAACAUGAAGUAUUCCUGUUUUGGAAUAGUCGGGUGUUUAUUAUUACUAUGGCUGGUGGACGCCCAAAAUUCCACAAAUAUCUACAACAAAACCAAAAGGAACUUAUCCAGAGAUAUCCAAUCUUAUGGAGAUUCCAGUUUGGUUGUACCGUUAGCCAGUAACAUGAAAAUUUACUACGAACCGAAGCCUACGAACAUGUACUAUCAAGCAAAACCUCUAGCUCUGGUGGACCUUAGUCAACCAGUUAAGGUCAUCGAACCAAAGGUGGCAGCUGAACACGUUUUGUACGAAUUCCAACAAACACCAACUGAUUCAAUAUCUAACGUUCACGUUAAGCAACUUUUCGAACAAGACUUGAAACCACCUCCACCGUUGCCGUCAAAUAAUUCACCAAACGGUAUUAUGACGUCAGAAACGAUAGUAGCACCAGCGCAACAUAAUGCUUUCGUACAAAACCACGUGCAGCCUUUUAAUAUCAAGCAACAUCCUCUGUACAACGUUCAAUCUACAUUCGUCGAACCCAAAAAAUACGUUUAUGGAAAAAUUAUUGUGGAUUCUACUCAUCCGCAACCAAAUUAUUUCCCGCAAAAUCCCUCAUCUUUCCAUUCGAGUCAACAGUUCAUUCCACACGGGCACGGUCAACAGUUUAUUCCACACGGGCACGGUCAACAGUUUGUGCCUCAAGGGCAUACAGUUCAGUUUAGUCAUAGCAAACCUAUCGUUAGCUAUGUUAACCAUUUUCCAAGGAAUAAUGUACCACGCAGUGAACAAUUAAUAACAACAAACCCACAAACCCAAUUUAGACCGCCACCAAUAUCUCAUCAUCAAGCAAUCGACACGCCUAUCCACGUGGAAAAACCUCAGAAUCAGAAACCUAGACACAGACCAGUGGAAAAGCCGCUAGACGACGAAAAGGACGAUGUAGACGAGGAAGAAACUGAAGAGAAGCUGGAAUAUGAAAAUGAUCAUGACGAAUAUGAAUCUCCGUUUGAAAAGUAUUUUGAUGAAGAAGAUGAAGAACUUCAUAAAGAUCGUGAUAAUUUUGAAGAGAUCGAGGAAGAAGCUGAAGAAGAUAACAAACGUGGUUCAUCAAGCUAUUCAAAAACUAACUACUAUCCUAAGAAACAACGUAAACCCAAAAAGCAGAAACCCAACAAAUAUCCCGAUGAUAAAUAUUUCAAAAACGAUAAAUACAAAUCGUAUAAAUACAAACACGCAAAAAAAUCUAAAUAUCCGAGGUCUGAGUUGGAUGGGCGAUUUUCGGAAAAUAUACCAAUUACGCAUAAAAAGAAAAUAUUAAAAGAACAGUGGUAUUUAUCAAAAAGCUUAGGAGACAAAUACGAGAAAUAAUGAUCGUAGAAAAUUACUGAAUUGAAUUUUUUAACAAUGUGUUCAAAUACUCAUUAAAAUCAUUUUAGGAAAUGUAUGACUGCUGAAAGCUGAAAAAGAUGUCUCAUAAGAAAGGUUUAAAAAUACUGAUGUGUUCUAGGAGA